GAUCCCACACAAACCCACACCGAUUGGAGUCUGCUAAGUAAAUUCGAUUUACCCUCGAAUGAAAAUCGCCCACCCAUUGGAGUGAGGAAAAAUUUCGGUGCCUGUUUUGUCGGUCAUGAAUCCUAUUUCCAUUACAAUGAUCCGGAUACAAUGAAUCAAAUUAUUAGCAAUAAUAUCGAUUUGAAUUUGAGAAUAAAAACGAGGUCUGAACAUGGUGUCAUUUUGUGGACAGCCUGUGUGGGUACCAUGGAUCAGGAUUCGGAUGAUUAUCUGUCGCUGGGUAUAGAGGAUGGGUAUCUGCACUUCCGCUACAAUCUGGGUUCUGGUGAGGUGGAUAUUCGUUUUAAUGCCACCAAAAUUAGCGAUGGUCUGUGGCAUCGUGUCAGGGCCAUAAGAAAUAACCAAGAAGGCUAUCUGGAGGUUGAUGGUCGCAAGAGCAUAACCCUUAGAUCGCCGGGUACACUACGUCAAUUAAACACGGAUACCGGUUUAUAUGUUGGUGGCCUCCCCGACUCGGUAUAUUUCCCACGACGAAGAUAUACGAACGGCAUCGUUGGCUGUAUAUCGGAAAUUGUUAUAUCCGGUGAAUUUAAAAUGAAUUUCGAUCCGAAUACAUUGGGGACAGCUCACAAUGUUGAGACGGGCAUACUUUGAAACGUUAAUGCGUUGAUGUUUCGCAUAACUUAAGAAUAGUUGAAAUUAUCAUUUAUUUUUUAAG